UCGGCCCUUCCGCUUCUCUUGCCCCCGGUUCCCCCAAAAUCCCAGAAAACCACAACGGCGGCAAAACCCUCGCCGCCACUCCACCUCUCCCAUGCCGCCGCCCGAAAGCGCCGCCGGAGACCCCGGCGGCACCCUGUCGGCGUCGGCCAUCGUCGGUGGCACCGUGACCGGGCACCACCUGCUCCAAAUCGACUGCUACUCGCGCACCAAGGAGGAGCUCCCCAGCGGUAAGCACAUCAUGUCUUGCCCUUUCAGAGCGGGGGGUUCCUCUUGGCGCAUCAGUUACUACCCCAAUGGCGAGAAUUCCGAAGCUGCCGAGUUCAUAUCCGUCUAUCUCCACCUCGACCAGAGCGUCGCAGAGCCCGUGAAGGCGCGAGCCAGGUUCAGCCUGCUCGAUCAGGUCGGGAAACCGGUGCUGUCGCACAGCCUGACCACAAAGAUACACGAUUUCUGCAAAGCCACCGGUGGAUUUGGGUACGAUCGAUUCAUCAAGAGGCCAUGGCUUGAGGAGUCGAAGCAUCUCAAGGACGACCGCUUCACAGUCAGGUGUGACGUCAUCGUUACCAAGGAGCUCUGUGCGGAGGAGAGGCCGCCUCAGUUUCCGUUGGUUCUGGUGCCGCCGUCGAACCUGCACCAGAAUCUCGGUGAUCUCUUGGCGUCCAGAGAGGGGGCAGAUGUCACCUUCCUGGUUGCCGGUGAGACGUUCAAGGCGCACAAGUGUGUUCUUGCUGCCCGGUCGGCCGUCUUCAAGGCAGAGGUCUUCGGCGCAAUGAAAGAGAGCACGGAUGGGGCGCUCAUAUGCGUCGAUGACAUGGACGCACAGGUGUUCAUGGCUUUGCUCAAUUUCGUGUACACCGAUGCGCUGCCGGAUUUCCGAGACAUGAAGAAACAAGAAGAGGCUGCAAUGGCUCAGCAUUUGCUUGUUGCUGCUGACAGGUAUAACCUUGAGAGGCUGAAGCUGAUUUGUGAAGAUAGGUUGUGCGCUCACAUUGAUACAGCCUCUGCUGCAACCAUCUUGGCGUUGGCUGAGCAACACCACUGCGGCGGGCUUAAGGAGGCAUGCUUCAGGUUCCUGAGCUCCAUAUCGACUCUGAAUGCUGUAAUGGCAACUGAUGGCUUUGACCAUUUGACUAGAAGCUGCCCCUCUGUUCUGAAAGAGCUUAUGUCCAGUAUUGCUGCUCGUGUGCCCUGCUGAUUUGGAUGAAGCAUGGUCAGGAAAUAUCAGGUUUAGUACGAUGUUUGGUCUGGAUGUCAAACUAAGGACAGAUACCAAGUAGUAGUGCAAGUGUUAGUGCUAGCCUUAUCAUCAUCAUAAGGAGGCAGUGCACCUCUGAUCUGUAUCUUCUUUCAUUCGGUCAUUGCAUCCUUUAUUACUGCUAUACUAUUAACCGUGUAGUAGUUUAUCUUCUUAGAACGAAUUAGUAACAAUAUAUGGCAGUGUGAUGAAUGUCGGGUUACUUGCAAGCCUCUACAUUGACAUGGAAAUUGUCUUCUUUCAUGCAGUUCUUGCAGUUGCAGAUACUACUGUAAUGCUUGAUGUUA